AUGCCCGAGCAAAGCAAUGACUACCGGGUGGUGGUCUUUGGAGCCGGCGGUGUGGGCAAGAGCUCCCUGGUUCUGCGCUUUGUGAAGGGGACGUUCCGGGAUACGUACAUCCCCACCAUUGAGGACACCUACCGGCAGGUCAUCAGCUGCGACAAGAGCGUCUGCACCCUGCAGAUCACCGACACCACGGGUAGCCACCAGUUCCCGGCCAUGCAGCGCCUCUCCAUCUCCAAAGGCCAUGCCUUCAUCCUAGUCUUCUCCGUCACCAGCAAGCAGUCCCUGGAGGAGCUGAAGCCCAUCUACCAGCAGAUCCUGCAGAUCAAGGGCAGCGUGGACAGCAUCCCCAUCAUGCUGGUGGGCAACAAGUGUGACGAGACCCAGCGGGAGGUGGAGACCAAGGAAGGGGAGGCCGUGGCCAAGGAGUGGAAGUGCGCCUUCAUGGAGACCUCGGCUAAGAUGAACUACAAUGUCAAGGAGCUCUUCCAGGAGCUGCUCAACCUGGAGAAGAGGAGGAACAUGAGCCUCAACAUCGACGGCAAGCGGUCCAACAAGCAGAAGAGGACAGACAAAAUCAAGGGGAAAUGCAGCCUUAUGUAA